AUGAUCUCCUCUCCGUCUCCCUCGCCGUCGCCGUCGUCGUCCCGGACGCCCAAGGGCGGCUCCGCUACGCCGCCGCGGAGUCAGGACAGCAAGUGGCGCAGCGGCGCGGUGCGCGGGGUGUACGGGCGGCGGCUGCUGGACGCGCUCCGCGCCACGGGCGGGGGCCAGCCGCGCGCCGUGAAGGCGGCGGCCGACUCGGCGCUGGCGCUGACUGCGCGCGGCCAGACGCGGUGGAGCCGCGCCAUCCUGCUGGCCGGCGCGGCCUGCAGCCGCCGCCGCGUGCUCGUCAAGGCGGGCGGCAAGGUCCGGCGGCCCCGCCGCCAGCCGCCGCCGGUGCAGGCCAGAGACAACGCGGCGGCGGCGUUGCUCAAGGGAAAGGGCAAGGAGAAGGACAAGGUUCAGGAGCGGCUCCGCGUGCUGGGCCGCCUCGUCCCGGGCUGCCGGAAGCUCCCCGCGCCCGCGCUGCUGGAGGAGUCCGCUGACUACGUGGCCGCGCUGCAGAUGCAGGUCAGCGCCAUGCGCGCGCUCGCCGACGCGCUGGCGGCCGCGCAGCUGUCGUCGCCGGCGGAGGCGGACGCGGACGCGGAGAGGAUCUUGUCAGACUGCAUUCCAAUUAAGCAGAGGAAGCGUAUACCCUAUUUGAUCAUUUCUAGCUGCCUUUCUCUACUUCCGUGGCUUAUCCUUGGACUAUCACAAACUUUAAGGAGCUCAGCCAAUAUGCUUACUGCCUUGCUCGUAGUACAGAAUCUGGGAUCUGCGAUGGCGGAUGUUGUUAUAGAUGCAAUGGUUGCAGAAGCAGUUCGAUCAGCAGGGCCGGAGUUUGCUGGUGAUCUACAGUCAUUAUCUUGGUCAUCGAUGGCUGUAGGUGGGAUUUUCGGGAGCUUGCUGGGAGGAUAUGCAUUAUCCAAUCUCCCAAUACAUGCUAUAUAUGUUGUUUUCUCAGCCCUCCCAUUCUUGCAACUAGUUUCCUGUAUGUUUGUUGAAGAUUCUCCAAAAGGAUUCCACAGUGCAAAUGAUGAACAUAAGUAUGUAGACAAUCAGAGUUCUGUUACUGCCUUUUCUGAAAAAGGCUCUAGUGAAGCACUUAGAUAUGAGGGCACUAGAAGGCGAAAGGGAACUCGUAAAAAUAAUAAAAGGAGAUCACUGUCAAAGCAAACUGAGCCUGAUGAGAAACACAAUGGGUCAAUUAAUUCGUUGCCAAGUUUGUCUCUGAGAUCAGCCUUCUUCAGUCUGUGCACAGCUUUUAAGCAGCCAAACAUUCUGCGGCCUAUGGCAUGGUUUUUCUUUUCAAAUGUAACAAUUCCAAAUAUCUCCACAGUCAUGUUCUAUUAUCAAACAGAGGACCUAAAUUUGGAGGCAUCCUUUCUAGGGACUGCACGUGUGAUUGGGUGGUUCUGUCUAAUGCUUGGCACCUACACCUACAACCGCUACUUUAAGCAGAAGAAUCUCAGGAAUAUUCUUGUGUUUGCUCACGUCGGUCUUGCCGUAAUUACCCUACUGGACAUUGUUUUGGUGUCACGGUUACACGUUCAGUAUGGAAUUGCCGAUAAGUACAUGGUGCUGUGGGGUUCUGCUUUGGGUGAUGCAAUCAACCAGUUCAAGAUGAUGCCGUUCCUGAUCCUGUCAGGACAGCUUUGCCCACCUGGAAUCGAGGGCACACUGUUUGCUCUCUUCAUGUCAAUCAACAACCUUGGUUCAACAGUAGGUUCAUUCCUGGGGUCUGCUCUGACAUCAGCUUUGAACCUCACCACAGGACAGUUUGACAAUCUUGCUCUGGGUUUGGGUGUACAGAUGAUUUGUACUCUCUUGCCGAUUGGGUUCCUAUCUCUGAUUCCAAAGGAAGUCACAGGGCUAACAUCAUAG